AUGACUGAUACUAGGAUUCAGAUCUUUUUGAUUGGCAGGUACACGUCCAUUAGUGACAAGGAAAGUCCGUGCCCCUACGACCAAGUCAUCUGCUCCUGUGGGGAACUUGCACAAGCUACCAAUUGGGACGGUUGUGAAGGUUCAGGAUCUAUUUUCAAACAAACUGUUGUUGAAAACAAAACGCCUUUUCGUGAAACCAUAGUUGCAUACAAUGCUAAUAUAGUUCAUUCAGAAGAGUGCGACGUUAUAUUUCGAUUGAAAGGAAUCUUGGAGUUUGCUUGCCAGCUCGACAACCCAAAUGGUGCACAAAGUCAAGGCACGAUAUCAAAAAGUUUCCAGGGUCUCCAAUACAAAGUAUCAUCCAAAAAUAUAGUUUUAACUGUCUGUAACAGUCCAGUAUUAAUAUGGCCUAACACUGGUUUCCAGUCAAACGUGGAAAGCUUGACAAAAGCAUCAUCAUGUGGAGAUAUUCUGCAGUAUAUAGAGUUAGAUGAUAGUGGGACCAAGAAGUCAUCAAAAAAGAAAGAUAAGAAAAAAUCUGGACCUACUGUAGUGAAUAUGAAGCUGUUGUUUGAGGUCACAGAACCUGCUGGGAAUGAAGCUCCUAGUCUCAUCAGAGUGAGCACACAGCAGCAUUGUGUGAAGAUGCCACUGCCUUUAGACUGUGUUCUGUCUGUGACCACUGAUGAGAGCCUGGCAACUGUGUGUACAGGGCUGGUGGAGGCAUUAAAUAAGCAGUUGGCAGACAUGGAAGAGGUGGUGCUACGAUACAGGAAGGGCUCCUCUUUCCUGGUGCCACAGCCAUUUCACUUUCAACUGCCUGAACCAGCUGGGUUCACAACUGUAAUCUACCCUGCAGGAGUGCCAGACAGCCAGCUACAGGAUGCCAGAGAGGAUCUGCACAAGAGGUUUAAGUUGCCAAGUGACAGGCCAUACCUGAGACGUGCCAAUGCCUUUCAUUUCCCUGAUGCAGCCUAUAAAGACGGUUACCUCCGCAAUCCCCACAUACACCUGAACCCACCCAACAUUGAGGAUGCUAAGCUGUAUCUGGUGCAGGGUGUGUACAGUUAUCAUCACUACAUGCAGGAUCGUGUGGAUGAUGAUGGCUGGGGAUGUGCAUAUCGUUCCCUUCAGACUAUCUGCUCCUGGUUUCAGCAGCAAGGAUAUGUGGAGACAGCUGUGCCCACACACACGCAGAUCCAACAGGCUCUUGUGGAUGUUGGGGAUAAAGAGCCACGAUUUGUGGGUUCACGUCAGUGGAUUGGCUCCAUCGAAGUUCAGGCUGUCCUUAACCAGCUGCUGGGGGUCACGUCAAAGAUCAUGUUUGUCAGUCAGGGAUCAGAGCUGACAACCAAGGGCAGAGAGCUGGCCAACCACUUUCUGACCGAAGGAACUCCUGUCAUGAUUGGUGGCGGAGUACUUGCACACACCAUUUUAGGCGUAGCAUGGAGUGAGAACACUGGACAAAUACGCUUUCUUAUCUUGGACCCUCACUAUACUGGUGGAGAGGACCUGCAGACCAUCACUGACAAAGGCUGGUGUGGAUGGAAGGGGCCAGAGUUCUGGGAUCAAAAUGCUUAUUACAACCUCUGCCUUCCCCAGAGACCCAAGACCAUCUGAGUCACGUGCAUGACACUUAUCCACUUUUAUUCAUACUCUAAGUUCAUGGAUACACAGGAAGUCUCAUGUGGAAAUGCAAACCGACAUGUCACAAAAAAGUGAUUUAUUACUCAUUGUCCUUACAAUGUUUUAAAUGUCCAUGCCUAUUGUAGCAUCCGUUUUCAGUCACGCUAAAGGUUACAUUAAUUUCAGAAACCUCUCACAUGAUUUUCAGUCAGGCUGCAAACGGAUGAUAUUAAUGAUGACAUAUCCUCGAGACUUUUACCAGUUCAUCAUACAUUAAAUUCACAAGAUAUCUUUGAACCGUCUACACAAGAUAAGGCUUCCUGCAAAUCAAUAAAAAGAAACGGCAGCUAAAAUAUCUUCCUAAAACGGCAAAUGUUUCCUUAGUCAUUGACUAUUGCAAAGUCUCUGACUUUGUGAGGGUCUCUAACUUUUCUCAGAGACCUUUGGGGAGACUUGAACCUCUGUUUAACUAAUCUUGCCUUAUUAAGAACGUCUUGAUUAGCCAAGCUUGGCAGCAAGUCAGCUCUCUUCUCUUUUGCAGCCACAUAUUUAUACACUGUCAUAAAACUCUGAAAGCAUUUCAGUGCCAUCAGGGUUUUUAUAUGAUUGCUUCACAACACACAUGUGAUCCAAGUUAAAUUUCCAGUGAGAAACCCACAAGUCUCCCCCAAAGAAAAUUCUCUGCUUUUUCCUUGAUUCCUGUCUGCUCUGUGUUGGCAGGUAUACAGUAUGUAUGGAGCAUGGCUCUGAACCGUUCUGGAGUACUAGUGUCAGUCAUUACUACUGUACUUAAGACUCCAAAUCACUGACCCCAGAACGGUGUCAAUUUGUCUUGACUGCUGAGGCUACAGUAUAGGCUCAAUACCAAAUGUCCACCGGUAAUUCAGACUGUUGAUGACAUACUGAUACUUCUGUUUACCAUUCACACCAGUAAUGGUUAAACAGCCUAUAUGUUACUUCAAAUUCUCUCUCUCUCUGAGAACAUUCAUCACCAGUCCCGUGCUUUCUUUCCAUCUUGAGCGCUGGAGCAUUCGCAGCCUCUCUUCUGCCCUGCGAGAGUGCUCCUCAGUAUGUGCCGUUCAGUGAGGGAUGAUAAAGAAGCGUUCUUUAAGUCUUGUGUUCUGCGAUGCAUGUUCAAAAACCUCCCGCACUCCUCAAACCCACAAGACCAUGCAAUAUCUUCGGCUGUCUGUCCACCGUUGUUGCAAAUGCUGAGUGGAAAAUGGAAUAGUUAAUUAGAGAAGUGUUCAUAUUCAUAAGAUGGUUAUAGUUGUUGAGGAUGAUGUUUGCUUUAACAGGUAACCACAGGGGCAUUCCUGUUAUGUUUGAGCUCUUUUGAAAAUUAAUAUGCCUAUGUAUGUCUAUCUAAUCUCAAUAAUUUUAUUAACUCUGCCUUUGGAUUGAUUAUAUAAACAAUGGUAAUAAAAUUAACAGCUGAAGAUAGGUAUUUUUCAGUAAAGAA